UUCACCAAAACUGGUUUACCAACUGCCAAUAAACCUCUGAAGAAGAAGGAGAACACACGCUUGGACGCAGGUCUUCAUGUGAAAGAGCUCUUCCAUCUCCGCACGGGCUUCGGAUCUCUGAUACUCUGCGUAACAUCACUAAAGGUGAAUUCAUCUGAAACUUACCACCUGAACUGCUCGGUUAACAGAGUCCAGACGCCGCUCGUUAGGAAAAUCUCCACAGACUCCUGCUGCUACUGGCUCAAAGCAGCUCCGUCUGAAUUUGCAUCCAUAAAAUUCAUGGUGUUACAGCCAUUAAAGAUGUACCAGUGCUCAGAUUGUGGGAAGAGUUUUACUAAAAGUUGUCACCUCAAAAAUCACGAGCGUGUCCACACAGGAGAGAAGCCGUAUCACUGUUCACAGUGUGGGAAGAGUUUUACUCAUCAGAGUGCUCUCCGACAACACCAGCGCAUUCACACAGGAGAGAGGCCAUAUGACUGCUCACAGUGUGGAACUAGUUUUACUCAUCAUAGUGCUCUCCAACAACACGAACGUGUUCACACAGGAGAGAAGCCAUACCACUGCUUACAGUGUGGAACUAGUUUUACUCGUCAGAGUGCUCUCCGACAACACCAGCGCAUUCACACAGGAGAGAAGCCAUAUCACUGUGGACAGUGUGGGAAGACUUUUACUUAUCAGAGUGUUUUCCGAAAACACCAGCGCGUUCACACAGGAGAGAAACCGUAUCACUGUGGACAGUGUGAGAAGAGUUUUGCUUACCAGAGUCAUCUUCUACAACACCAGCGAAUUCACACAGGAGAGAAGCCGUAUCACUGUGGACAGUGUGAGAAGAGUUUUGCUUACCAGAGUAUUCUUCAACAACACCAGCGCAUUCACACAGGACAGAAACCAUAUUACUGCUCCCAGUGUGGAAAUAGUUUUACUCGUCAGAGUCAUCUCAAACGACACCAACUCAUUCACACAGGAGAGAGACCGUAUCACUGUGGACAGUGUGGGAAAAGUUUUAGUCAAGAGAGUUAUCUUCGGAUACACCAGCGCAUUCACACAGGAGAGAAGCCGUAUCACUGCUCACAGUGUGGGAAAAGUUUUCGUGACCAGAGUACCUUCCACAGCCACCAGCAGAGUCAUACAGGACAGAAACUGUAUGUCUGCAGACAUUGUGGACGGAGCUAUACUCAUGCAAGAUCAUUAAGGAAACACAAGUGCUCUAACAUAAAGCCAUCAGAUCUUGAUACGUGACUUUGUUAAAUUAAGAUACAUGUUUUUGAAUGUUUAAUUUUAAUUUUUUUUUUUAAACGGAAGGUUAAGGGAAAUUCUGGCAUAAAAUGUUUCUUGCACAUGACUGUAUUGCGUAUGUUUCAUAAAGAACCAAGUUUAUACUUUCCUUUAUUAAUCAACAAAAAUUCUCCUUAAUGCGAAUCAUAAACGGGUUUUCUAAUA